AAAUAUCUGCCAAAUCAUCAUUCCUGGAGGAGGUGGGAGACUCUGUGUGAAAUGAAUGUCUCUCGCGGUUCAUUGACCGUACCGGAAAUGCAGCCUGUCGGGCUACUAUAUGUGUUAUUUGCGCAGGCAAGUUCUUAGCAUCUGAGACAACUGAACUUGCAUUGUCAUCGAUCCAGCACAAAGACAUUCUGAUGCCAUAUAUUUCGCAUCACAGUCAACGACUCGUGAAUGGCAUGUUGCUAUACAAUCCUGCCAUCACGAUUCGAGACGAUUGUCCUUAUGGUUUUCUUUGCAAUAAUUGCUGGGACGACAUCAAAUCUAACAAAACUCCUCCAUUUUCCCUCGCCAAUAAUCUUUGGAUUGGAGAAGUUCCGGAUGAACUUGGGAUGUUGACUCUGCCGGAGCAUAUUUUAGUGGCCUUAUCAUAUCCUGCAGCAUACAUCGUCGAGCUUUUCCCAAAAAAACGCGGUGCUGUUCAUUGGGAUGCAGCAGGUUUAAACAGCGGCUUGCAUGGAAAUGUAUCUACAUACCGACUCAACACAUCGUCCAUUGCAGCCAUGAUUGAAGGCAAAUUGCUGCCGCCUAAACCGUCUAUCUUGGCGACAACUAUUGGCAUUUCCAUUGUUGGACCCAAUGAUUUUCCGGAACGUUGCUUACCGCCUUUCUUGUCUGUGAGCCGCUCUCAUCUGCACAAUGCGCUGCUUUUUCUUAAGCGAGAGAAUCCGCUGUAUUCCGACAUUGCGAUCUCGGAAGAUGACAUUGCGCUAUAUCCUACACACGGCAUUCCGGAUGUCAUCAUGUCCUCAAUUCGACACCUCCAAGAUACUGCUGCUGUGGAUAGUGAAUGAGAGGAUUAUGUACCUGAAGAUGAUGUUCAAGAUGUAUUCGCUGAACAUGACAAAGCUUUUCCAAGUGGACAGCAUAUCGACGAAGAAUCGCUCAUGGAUGAAAAUGUUCCAUCCAACAUAUUUCCAGUCCAGUCGCACGGUGUGCUUGAUAGCAAUGUAUCAGAAGUUGAU